AUGAGUGAACCUAGUACUGGCUCUUACCAACACGUGCACCCGGCCACAAGCCUGCUCUCUGCCUCCAACCAGGCUCUCCCCAACCAUAGAUCCAUGGUAGAAAACGACUUUGCACACACAAGGCUUGCAGAGUUCGACGCCGGCUUGCUUCUGGAUCCCGAGUUUGACAGCGAGAAGAGGCUGGAGAUUGCGUUCUCCUUUAUGGUUCUCGGGCGGAAAAAGGCAGCAGCCAGAGAACUGGCCAAUGUGGUCAAGCUGGGGACGGUUUUGGAGAAGUCCGAGUUUCUGCGCCAGGUUGGCGAUGUUUUCAUGAAUUUCGGCGAAGCUGAAACGGCGUUCCAGUGCUACAGAGAAGGACUGCUCCACAGCAAGAUUUCCAAGGACGUCGAUAUCACCUUGGUGACGUACCUGAAAUCGCAGAUCGCAGACUCUGAGUGCGACCACAGCGACUCGUCCAGCUCCGUGGGGUCUAUAAUUCGGUCUAAAGAGAAGACUUUUCGGUCCAUGCUGUCUGAGUUGUCUGUGCACGAAAAGUGCAGACAGGAACUGGACGAGCUGGCGCAGAUGGUGGCACAUCCGCGUAUGGAGCAGAGGUGUCCCUUCGCUAAGAACCUGGUGGAAAAUUCUGCCGCUGCGAGCGUUCUGGAGUCCUAUCUAGACGCGUUUGAGUUCAAUGAGUGCCAGGACACGUCGAUGAGCGAGUUUCUGAAUCUGUUGAUGGUGGAGCUGUUCAAAUUUCCCGAUCUGUCGCUCUACAAAAACAUUUUUAGCUCUGCGCGGCUGGAGCAGGUUUUGACCUAUCUCGGGCUGGCGGCCCCAGAAUUUGAGCUGCCGGCAGAUUUCCAGCACCUGCUCUCCAUCUUACGCAACAGCUACGAGAUGAAGGAGCCAAUGUCGAAGGUGAUGGAAAGCCUGGAGUUUGAGCUUAAAAAAACGCUGCUACUUGGUUGCAAACAGUAUGUGGAGAAAGAUUACGAGGCCUCGCAAAAGACGUUUACCAGAGUGCUGAUUGUGUGUGACCUGCUCUCGAAACUGUCUUGCAUGACAGGCUUCAAGGGCUCCGACAAGCACGUUCUGGCAGAGCUCAACCAAGAAUGCCGCGAAAGACUGCGGAAAGUGAGCACCAUAUCCGGGAUUUAUUCGUCAUUCUACGCUGCGCUGAGUUUUAUAAGACACCAAGACUCGGCCUUCGAAGACCUUGCGGCCAAAACUGUCGAGCUCAUGGCCCUGCUGCAAAACCUCAACAAGUACUAUCUCACAGCAAGAUACUCAAGACUACCUAUCAAGUACGACUGGAUUCAUCUGGCGCUCGGAAAGCUCAACGAGUGGCUGGCGAUCUGUAAAAGCCGCCAGCUCAAAAGAGACUCAAACUCUCACCAUGACCUCAAGAAAUUGGACGACACGCAUUUGGAGUGUAUGCUGAGCCAUUACAUCCGUGCCCUCAACCUCAAGCUCCCAGACGACCCGUGCAUCGUCAUGCUGUACGACAAAAUUAUUUGGGGCAUGUUGAUGCACGGUGGCUACCACAUCCAGACCCUCUGGAUCCUCAAGUUUUUCAGGGACUGCUGUGUGUUCUACAGCGACACCUGCUUGCUCAGCUUCGAGGACGCUUCCUCGUUCAACAGCGACGUUUUCAGGCUGCGGGACUACCAGGACGCGAACGUCCAGAUCGUGGUGAACAAACUGUACGAGCAGCGCAAGCAGCUGAACAAGAAACAGGGGUCGAUUUUCGUGUUCUCGAGCGCGAAAUUCAUCUUGCCGCAGUUCUUCUACACCCGUUUCGGCGAGCUCGUGGCGUCCCAGGAGUACACGGUUUCGCCCGCGGUGUCGCUGAAGCAGAACUUCAAGUUCCCCGGCGGCGUCAUGAAAGGCAUCCUCAAAGCGGACCCGGGAGUCGUGGAAUCGUGCAACCGCAUCAGCGAACAGCUCCUGGAGGACUGGUCCAAGGGCAGCUGGACGAGCCGCAACCUGGUGUCUGAGCAGACGCUGCGGAACUUUCUCGACUCCUACUACGACGGCAGCAAAUUGAGUGCGUUUUAA